UAACAGCACUGGUUUAAAACGCGUCUUGGAGAAUCCGUUCCGGGUUUUUCUUCGGCUCUGACUGGAUGAUUUGUGUGUAUACGGAGCACACGGGGCAGAUAGAGGAGAGAGAAGGGUAUGGAUCCGUAGCUCUUGCGGCUGUCCGUCUCGUUUCCCGGGACCCUCGUUUUGAAUACAGCGAGGCUUGGGGUCUUGCAUGGUACAUUUGAAUGAGAGCAGGAGCGCACAGCGGCGGGAAACAAAGGCGCAAAGGAGCAAGCUGGCUGCGCGGCGGGGGAUGCAGGGCACAAUAGGGAAGACCACACUCUUCUGCUUUAGGAGGACAGUGUUGCAAUAACAUUUCCCCCCAGACAGACAAGCCUCGCUGCGGGAAACAGGAAUUUGAAGCCGGACUUUACUUUUCAGACAAAUAUGAGGACGGGCUUUGCACUGGACGUCUAGGCGACUUGAUGGGGCUCUUUAUGGAUUUUUAGAAAGCGCAAAUAGUCAAAUGACAGUCUUAAAAAACGCACCGGCACAGCAAAGGAAAAUCAGCUUGGAUUUUGUGCACCAGAGCGAUUUUGAACUGAGAUUGUUUAUUAUUAUAAUUAUUAUUAAAGUCAUUAAUAAUAUUAUUAUGUGCUCUGGAAAUCACCAGCUGUGGGUGAAAUCACGCUAGGAACAUAUCUGACUUGAAUUCAUUUUCUUGGAUUUGGUUUCUGAAGAAUGUACGUACUUGAUGGUAAUUACCCGGAAAGGAUGGAGCGGGGUACGCCACAAAGAAAAACCGUAUACAGGAUAUCUUUGACACUAGUGAAAAAAGAAACUCUGCAGGAUGGAGGAGGCUCAGCGCACCGGCGGCUGGAGAACCCUAAAGUGAGCGCGUACCGGCGGGAGGGAGCCGCUGACGCUCAGCGCAGUUCUCCGCUGGAAGAACUGAAAGAAGUGGAGGACGAGACGGACGAAUUUUCUGCACACUCAUACAUGAGGAACUUCAGGACAUUCAGUACUGGACAUCUAGAGUUGGGCAGGUUGAAAAUCUCAAGGCGGGCGCAACAAUUACACAGAGACAAGGAAUUAAAUGAAACAUGCAUCCUGCCAGAGAAUGGACAGAGCAAGGUCAUUGAAAAUGGGGCACUAGUGCACAAAAAGGUUGAAGAUGUAGCUGAAAGUGACAGAUUGAAAAGUGAUGCUGAGCAUGGAAAAAUCUGCAGCACAGCUGCUGCUAAUGGAGAAAACACAGGCAUUCGAAAGAAAAUCCUUAAGACUUCUCGAAGCACAGAGGAACCGGUCAGUACAUGGUCAGAUGAGACCUCUGAGGAACCCAAGGGUGGCAGGUCGACCAAAAUCUCUUCUUUGCUAGCGAAAGGGAAUGGGAAAUCACCCAAACCAGCACCUGAAACCCCUCCGGCGAAGAGGCACCCAAGCCUACUGCGGCGAAGUUUCAGCUUCCGUCACUGGACGGGUGGAGAGUUGAUCCGCAUACGGGCGCUUUCCAAGGAGAAGCACCACAGCAGCUCGGGCUGCAUUGGCCGGGAUGGAGAGAACAGUCAAGCCCAAGCUGGCGUGGUUCUGCAAAACAUGGCUUUUGCCGAGUCUGAGUCCACUGAGAAGCGAAACACCUUGGAUGUGGGUGAGGUCCUAAGCAAAACAGACUCUGUGACUGAACUGGGCCGCAGGGAGAGGAUGAAGGGCAAGAAUCGAACACUGGACAACAGUGACCUGCUCAAGCUUUCGGAUAAAUCUUUGAUGGACAAGGAGGGUUUCAUUAGAGGGACAGGCUCCCGUUCCAGUGGGCAGGAACGUAAACUCAUUCGAUUCUUCAGCGGUAUCUUCUCAAAGCGAGAUGGGACGUCCACGCCACUUAGCAGUCCCAGCAACCAGGCUCUCCGGAAGAACGGCCUACUGGGAAGUCAGCGGAGAUCAGAAAUUAGCUACUCGCAGUCCAGCACCGAAAGUGUUAACGGAUUCCAACCGGACGAUGCCUUUGUCAACAGUCAGGAGUGGACACUCAGUCGCUCUGUACCAGAGCUCAAAGUGGGCAUUGUGGGUAACUUGGCCAGUGGUAAGUCUGCCCUGGUGCACAGGUACCUGACAGGAACCUACGUGCAAGAAGAGAGCCCUGAAGCUGACGUGGAUGCAGGAGGACGUUUUAAAAAGGAGAUUGUAGUGGAUGGACAAAGUUACCUCCUCCUAAUCAGGGAUGAAGGGGGACCUCCGGAGGCUCAGUUUGCGUUGUGGGUAGAUGCAGUGAUUUUUGUGUUCAGUCUGGAAGAUGAGAUCAGCUUUCAGACGGUCUACCACUACUAUAGUCGCAUGGCCAACUACCGCAACACAGCAGAGGUGCCCCUGGUGCUUGUGGGAACUCAGGAUGCUAUCAGUGCAGCUAACCCUCGUGUCAUCGAUGACACCCGCGCUCGCAAACUGUCCAACGACCUGAAGAGGUGCACAUAUUAUGAGACCUGUGCUACCUACGGCCUCAACGUGGAGCGCGUCUUCCAGGACGUGGCUCAGAAAAUAGUUGCGACCCGGAAGAAGCAGCAACUGUCAAUCGGACCCUGUAAGUCUCUGCCCAAUUCUCCAAGCCACUCCUCCGUCUGUGCAGCGCCUGUGUCCGCAGUGCAUAUCAGCCAGACCAGUAAUGGUGGAGGCAGUUUGAGCGAUUACUCUUCUUCCGUGCCAUCCACUCCCAGUACCAGUCAGAAGGAACUACGUAUCGAUGUACCCCAAACCGCCAACACCCCUACGCCCGUCCGCAAACAGUCCAAACGGCGCUCCAACCUCUUUACGUCUCGGAAGGGAAGCGAACCAGACAGGGAGAAGAAAGGGAUGGAUGGCCGUGCAGACAGCAUUGGAAGUGGCCGCGCUAUCCCAAUUAAACAGGGCAUGUUGCUGAAAAGAAGCGGCAAGUCACUGAACAAAGAGUGGAAGAAGAAAUACGUCACGCUUUGUGACAACGGACUCCUCACGUAUCAUCCUAGUCUGCAUGAUUAUAUGCAGAAUGUUCAUGGGAAGGAGAUCGACCUGCUUCGGACUACGGUGAAGGUUCCAGGGAAGAGGCCCCCCAGGGCCAUCUCCACAUGUGCAGCCCCCAGUCCCAAAACCAAUGGGCUGACCAAGGACAUGAGCAACCUGCAGCUUGGACAGACACCAGGCUCUGUGACGAGUAGUUCUUCUGCGUCUCAGAUGGCGAGUGGCAUCAGUCUGGUGUCGUUUAACAGUCGGCCGGAUGGGAUGCAUCAGCGCUCGUAUUCUGUGUCCAGCGCUGACCAAUGGAGUGAUGCCACAGUCAUCGCCAACUCAGGAAUCAGCACGGAUACCGGUCUGGGAGAUUCUGUGUGCUCCAGUCCAAGCAUAUCCAGUACCACCAGUCCUAAGAUAGACCCGCCUCCAUCACCUCACGCCAACCGCAAAAAACACAGGAGGAAGAAGAGCACCAGCAACUUCAAGGUGGACGGCUUCUCUGGAAAUGCAGAAGUCAAACGUAGGGCAUGGAAACUAAAUCGCGUCGGUAGUCUGCGCAACAUUUACAGCAGUGCCUCCAACGCAGAAGAACAAGAGGACAACUUUGAGUUCAUCAUCGUUUCUCUGACGGGACAGACCUGGAAUUUUGAGGCAACGUCCUAUGAGGAGCGGGAUGCAUGGGUUCAGGCUAUUGAGAGCCAGAUUCUGGCGAGUCUACAGUCCUGUGAAAGCAGCAAACAGAAGUCUCGUCUGAGCAGCCAAUCAGAAGCCAUCGCUUUGCAGUCAGUCAGGAACAUGAGAGGAAACAUGCGCUGUGUGGACUGUGAAGCCCAGAACCCUGAUUGGGCCAGUCUGAACCUGGGGGCUUUGAUCUGUAUAGAAUGUUCAGGCAUUCAUCGCAACCUGGGUACUCACCUGUCUCGUGUCCGCUCUUUGGACCUGGACGAAUGGCCUCUAGAGCUCAUCAAGGUCAUGUCGGCCAUCGGCAAUGAGUUGGCUAAUAGUGUGUGGGAAGCCAAUGCUCAAGGACGCCUAAAGCCUGCCCCUGAUGCCACCAGAGAGGAACGUGAGCGCUGGAUCAGAGCCAAAUAUGAGCAGAAGUUGUUUUUGGCAUCGCUGAUGUGCACAGAGCUGACUUUGGGACAGCAGUUACUGCGGGCCACGGUGGAGGAAGACUUGCGCUUCGUGGUCAUACUGCUGGCCCAUGGCUCCAGAGAUGAGGUCAAUGAAACCUGUGGGGAAGGUGAUGGCCGGACAGCCCUACACCUGGCCUGCCGCAAAGGGAAUGUUGUGAUCAUGCAACUGCUCAUAUGGUACGGCGUUGACAUAAUGGCACGGGAUGCUCACGGCAAUACAGCACUGGCAUACGCACGGCAGGCUAACAGUCAGGAGUGUAUGGACGUCCUCCUACAGUACGGCUGUCCAGACGAGCGUUACCCACUCAUGGCCACCCCAAACCUGUCACGCAGGAACAAUAACCGCAAUAACAGCUGCAGCAGCAUGAACAGUGCAGUUAUAUGAGAAGAACACUCACAUACACAUAAACAUGUAUUCUGGUCAGCACUCCUCCCUCCCUACACACACCUUCAUAUGUACAGCUGCACCACUACAUCAGAAUCAUGAGACUAUACUAGACUCAAGGGAAAGACCCUGACACUGAUGAAGAAGCAUGAGCAGAGCUACUGUGUUUGCCUGACUUUACAAUCCCACUGGUUGAAAAAGUUGUCAUGGGCAAGGGCUUGGCCAAUCAUGUGUCAUCCAACUUUUUUUGUUUUUGGGAGAGUGUCCCACAUCCAAUGUCUUGCUGUAUUGUGGAACAAAAAAUAAAACAAUCCAGGACUUUGGUUUUCUGACUGUGCCAGGUGCAUGAUGGGAGAAUAGAGUGUGGGUUUGGUAACUGAUGAGCAGGUGUUACAUCAGUGUUCCAUGUCUCUAAUAAAUGACAAAGCAAGACAGGAAAUGAUGGGGCAGCAUGGGAUACUUUUACGCUGGAUCUUCAAAAUGAGAAGAGAACCAGAGAACUUCACUUGGUCACCAUGUGUUUCUGGACUUCCAUCUCACCACUUUGACACUGAUUUUUCAGUCUGAUCUCAUUCUCUCAGACUUUUUUUUUUUUUUUUGCAUCUGUUCUAUGCCCAUUAUGUCUUUUUUUAAAGGAAUGUGAAAGGAUGUAAUGACAAUUUUUGGAAAACACCCAAAUAUUGAGCCCUAAGUUUGAAUCUGACAUGGUUUUUUAAACUGUUUUUGUUUUAAUAUUGUUGAGUAGCGUUUGUCUAAGUGCUCAUUACUGGACCAAUGGAAGAUUCUUAAAAACAAGUAUUUUAAGAUUCACGUUUCUCAGAAGUAAAAGGGAAUUGCGUUUUUAUUUUCACCAGCUUUUAUUCAGCAGAUUUUCUAUCUUUAAAUAAAUUAAUCUAGCCUUGUAUGUCGCCCAUCCAUCAACUCACUCUUUACUUGAGCUCACAGUGAAGUAAGCAGACAUUUCAGAAGUGAAAUAACCCAGAAUCCAGAAUUUAGAAGUGCAGGGCUGAAGCUCAGUCUGACCUCGUGUUCAUCAUUCAAAUCUCCACAGAAUAUCAGGAAAACACAGGACUGAACCUCAUGUAUCUCAAAGAAGAGAAGGGCUCUCAGUCCUGAUCUGUACAUACUCUUCUUCCUUCUCUCGCUCUCAUUCUGUUUUUUUUCCAAGUAGUGUACUAUAUAUAAAAGCAAAAUUAAGAAAACUCUCCCCCUGACAAAAGGCGUUAUUAUAUAUUUUUACCUCACCCCUUCUUGUUUCAGUGCAGUCUGAAGUUGCAAGUGUGCCUGUUUGAGUCGACUUCACUCUUUCUGCUCCCUUUCUCUGAAUCGUUCUUCAUAGCUUAGUUUUCCUCCAUGCCUUUGUCUUCUUCCUUUAUCAUGUGUCAAGGAGUAUUAAAGCAAUACGAAGUCAAAAUUCAGCCAGGUUGGCACAUGAGUAGUUUUCACCGCGUCACCACAGCAUUUGGAGCUGUCGUUGUUAUUGAGAGAUGUAAAGCCAAUGUAAGACUCUGUCUCAGGGCGUAUUUAUCAUUACAGGAGAUCCCAUGAAGGCUUUGAUAUCGACUUAUUCCAUAAUACGAUUUGAUGGGCUUUGAUCAUUUAAUCUCAGCUCCCAUUGAUUUUAAUCUUCACUAGGUAGUAAAAAUGUGAAGGUACUUGUCUUAGGGUUGAAGAUGGGAGAAGAUCUGUGUUGUCAAAUGUAUAUUCCGCAAUAAAAACGAUCUGGAAAGUCGUUAAGCUAGUUGAUAGACAUUUGGGACUGUGUAGAGAAUCUUAACUAGUUUUUCUGAGCUUUCAAAGGGCGAGAGCGGUGAGAGUCGAAAAGCUUUAGUGAAGGACGUGAGAAUAGAAACUAAGAGAGAGGUAUGUUGAUUUUCAGCUCGUAAGGGUGCAGUUUUCGCCUUGUGUGUAUAUAUAACGUAGCAGGCCUUUAGAGGCUUUACCACAAUAACCAUUAUUUAUGACUAAAUGCACUACAGAACACAGAUCACUUGUUGUGAAGAACCCAUAAUAUAAUCCACUCUGAAUCCUUUCUGUGGAAAAGCAGUUGUUUUUGAUCUUUUUGCAUGAAUGGAUGUAAAUGUUCUCUUCCUUGUGUAAAUGUCUUCGUCUUCAUAAAAAUGACUGUACCCUGACAGGUGACGCUAAAGAGUCUGCCAUUUUAAUAUGAAAAAAUACUUUUUAUCAACUUGUGAACAUUUCUUUUUUUGUCUGUCCUCCCAUCUGCUUCUUUUGUAAUUCUUCUCCUUGGGUAAAACUUCUUUUUGGAUCAUCUGUUCAUCUGUAACUGAAUAAAGAAAGCAUGAAUGAGCAAAAUAAACAAAAAUCCAACCAAUACCGUAACAACAACCAAAGCAUCACGUUACCCCUUGCAAGCAAAUAAUGCAGACUUAAAGGGGGCUUUAUCAGUACGUUCCAAAAUGCUUGAAAAUAUCCUCAGUUUUAUUUGCGUUUCCAUUCGCCAGUCGUCGCUUUGUGUAAAUAGAUGUACAAAUUGAAAAAAACGAAGUGUUUUUACCUUGUUUUUGUUUGUUUGUUACCUCAUUUCAAUGAUAGUCUCCAUGUUACGUUCAAACCCAAGAGACCCGUUUAAUUAUUUAUGAAUAUGCUAAUCUGAAAGGGGAGGAGCUCUCGCACACUACUUGGGUUUUGCAUUUGUUCCUUUAUUCAGUCCAUUGGCAUCACAACUAUCAUUCUGAUUCGAAUAAUUGGUGUUGUAUUUCUAAUUAUUAUUGUUAUUAUAUUGAGUUUGUGUCAGCUGUACAGUACUGUGUUGAAAAAUUAUACCUGAUGCAGAGUCUUAUACUGUAUGUGUCUCUUUUCAAUAAAAAGCUUCUUAAUAUAA